AUGACUAUUCCGUCAAUUACUGCUCUUGGGGACGACCCCAAUACCACGCACCGCCUAAACGCCUGUGCCUAUCAGCAGUCAGCAAUUACAACUUCGGGCAGCAUCCAGUAUGUGGCUUUUUAUACCUCGUUGGAAGGAUCGGACUCUAGAAGAGUUACGAUUGCACGCCAUGAUGUCCGGGACCCUGCGUCCGACUGGCAAUACUUGACUUUCGAAGAUUACAACCAGACGACCGAUGAUGGACAUAAUACCAUAUCCAUCGGAAUUUGUGGUGGUGAUGGAACGAUCCAUGUGUCGUUUGACCACCACUGCGAUGCGCUGAAAUAUCGCAUCUCGCGACCAGGUCUGGCAGCCGACCCAAGCGAGUCGAGUUGGACGGCAAGCAACUUCAGCCCGGUUCUAGAUCAUCUACCCGGCUGCGACGGUCUGUUGGACGUUACAUAUCCACGAUUCAUACCUGCUGAAAAAGACAUGUACUUCGAGUGUCGCAUUGGAAAAGCAGGUGCCGGCUCCGAUGUCCUGUAUCGCUACAGUUCUGACACUGCGCAAUUCGUCCAACUGGGAACCUAUCUAGUUGGAAGACAGUGUAACCCGUAUCCAAAUGGGAUAUCUUAUCAUCUACCAACGAAUAGUCUUCACGUCACUUGGACUAACCGACACUUUAUCGAGUACGAAGGAGCGAACGACUGUGCUUCCACAGCCCACAAAGCCCAAGCUGGACCCAAUGGCCCCGAGAAUAACGAAGGGCUAUAUUAUGCAUAUAGUCGGGAUAAUGGCACUACAUGGAGCGGGUCAAACCAAAAUUCAGUGGCUAUAUUGUCAGCACGUCCAGGGACCGGACUCGAGUCCCAAGAUAGCCGGCUACUCGUCAGGGAUAUCCCUAGAAACAGCGGUAUCAUGAAUCAGGAGGCACAGUACGUUGACUCCGAGGGAGGAGUGCAUGUAUUGAAUCGAGAGAACACCACCGGAAAGGAAACAUGGAUACACUACUACCGCUCCCCAUCGGACAAUCAGUGGAGUUUCUUCCCAAUACCUGACAUAUACCCUACGCCUACCGGACCUCGAGGAAAACUUGUCCAUAGCGAGAAGCUCAAUGCUGUCUUCUUCAUACUUCCGUCGAAUACGGAGAGUGAAAUGUUGAUUGCGCGGAGGAAUAUGACUGGUAUAAAUGGAGAAAUGAGUGUAGUAUGGAGAGAACAUGGAUACAGUGGAGAGCCGCUGAUCGACGAAGAAGCCUUUACAAAAUUUGGGCUUCUGUCUAUUCUCAUAUUGAGAGACGAAGAGGAAGGUAAAAGGAAGGUGACCGUGCUACAAUUCGAUGUCAAUAACCUGGCACAAUGA